CACACACACACAAAAACACACACGUAUGACAUACACAAGCCCACACCAUCACCAUCAAACACACAUACACAUGCGAGCAUACACUCGCACACACGCAUGCACAUAGGAAUACACAAACUCACACACCAUCACCCACAAACGCAUACACAAAUGUGAGCAUACCCACAACCACUCACACAUCCUUUCACCCUUUCAAAAAUAACAGUAAGGAAUUCUCUUCUGUGGGGGAGAGAAACCAUCUCUGUGUCCUUGUCUCUACAGUACAGUGUCAUUGUGUCCCACGUUUUAGUGUGUGUUUGCAAGUGUCUGCAUGUGUGUUCGUGUGUGUUUGCAUGUGUAUGUGUGUGUGUGUGUGUGUGUGUGUGUGUGUGUGCGUGCGAGUGUGUGUGUGUGUUUGUGUGUGUGUGCGUAGGCUGACCCAUUCCUCUGUUGCCCACACGUCUCAGACCAGCUGUGAUUCAGUCCCUCACUGUCCUCAUCCUCACACUCCACUUGUAACAAAAGGGAAUUCAUUUCAAUAAACUCUCUCUCGUUCUCUCUCUCUAUCUCUCUCUCUCUCCCUCUCCCUCUCUCUCUGUCUCUCUCUCUCUCAUUUUGAAAGUCAAGUACUUUAGAGGAGAUUUACCGAUUACAACAAUUCAGAACUUUUUCGAACUUCAUUUACAGAUGCACGCAAACACACACUCACACACGCAAACACACUAACACACAUAAACACACACACAGACACAGACACAGACACACACACACACACACACACACACACACACACACACACACACACACACACACACACACACACACACACACACACACACACACACACACACACACACACACACACACACACACCAUGUCCUGGUUUGAGAUUGCCACGAAAAAGUUGGGUUUUCCUGCUAUUGUACUGUAUGUUAAGGCGGGCAGCGACGGAGAGAGCCUGGGUAACUGCCCCUUCUCCCAGCGGCUCUUCAUGAUCCUGUGGCUGAAGGGGGUGGUCUUCAACGUGACCACCGUGGACCUGAAGAGGAAACCGGCCGACCUGCAGGCCCUGGCGCCGGGCACCAACCCGCCGUUCGUGACCUUCAACGGGGAGCUGAAGGUCGACGUCAACCUCAUCGAGGAGUUCCUGGAGGAGAAGCUCACCCCCCCACGGUACCCCCGGCUGGCCCCCCGCCACAAGGAGUCUCACACCGCCGGCAUCGACGUCUUCGCCAAGUUUUCUGCCUACAUCAAGAACCCCCGCAAGGACACCAAUGAAGCUUUGGAGAAGGCCCUCCUCCGUUCCUUGCGGCGUCUCGAUGACUUCCUGCGAACGCCGCUGUCGGAGGAGAUUGACGCCGACGCUGCCGGCGACCUCCCCGAGUCCCGCCGCCGCUUCCUGGACGGCCCCGAGCUGACCCUGGCCGACUGCAACCUGCUGCCCAAGCUGCACAUCCUCAAGGUGGUGGCCCGGAAGUACCGCUCGCUGGAGAUCCCCGCCGACAUGACGGGCGUGUGGCGUUACCUUGACAACGCCUCCCAGCGCACAGAGUUCACCUCCACCUGCCCCGCAGAGAGGGAGGUGGAGAUCGCUUACCUGGACGUAGCGAAGCGCAUCCAAUAGAGGGAGGGAGGGGGGAGAGAGAGAGGGAGAGGGAGAGAGGGAGGUGGAGAUCGCAUACCUGGACGUAGCCAAACACAUCAACUAGA